AGUUCUGAUCUAGUGUGAAUCGGCAUGACGGAAGCGGAAUCGUAAGCCUUGCUUUCAGCGUAAGCCUCCCUUUCAUUUGUAAACAUUCACGAUGGCGGACCCGGGAGAUGACGAGAGAUUGCUGCUUUUGCUAUUGCUUUUUAUUCUCAUACAACGAAGAAGACGUCUGCAACGGAACCAAGGAAGGAGAAGGUUGUGGGUACGUGGAGUAUUUUUAAAAAGGAAAAGUGAAGGCGAAUUUGGAAACCUUGUGAGAGAACUUCGUGCGUCAGACAGAGAGCCCUACUUUCGGUACAAACUAGGAUUCUGCAGAUUUUGUACAGUCCAAUACAAUGCAAGUCUUAAUGAACUAGACAACAUGUUUGUCCAUCUCACAAAUGUGGCUAUCCAAAAGUAUGGGGAGGAGUAUAAUCCAAUUCAUGGAGGCAAAUGGACUGUUAAAAAUUUACAAUUUUAUCUUGAAGGAACCAGAGGCAAAGAGGUACUAAGUAAUGCAGUCUGCUUCACAUUGUUGUAUACUGUUUACUGUGUAAAAUGCUUCAGAAAGUUUUCCAAUACCUGUUGUUUGAAUUAUCUAUUCAAAUUCUAGGAAGUGUGAAGGGCAGAGUAGGCAGCAUUAUAUAUAUAUGCUACAUGUACACUUGUGUUGUGUUAAUAUUUGGUAAAGGAAAUGGAACUCAGGAGCAAGUUGUC